AACCAAAGAUGUUCAGAUAGUUUACAUAUGUUAUGUCUGUGAGUGCGUAAUGAGGUGUUGAUUUGCGUGAUGUGUUGUAUCUCACCGGACGGAAAGUUUCAUAGCGCCGAGUGUGGUUUUACAGCGUAACAUUAACAGAGGUGAAAACAGUAUCUUUCAUACAUUUCGUUUAUCCACUGCGUCUGUGUUUUGUGUUCAUGGUAACAUUGGAACUGUAUAAAGUUGUGAUUUACCUGUAGAAAAUGAUGGAUAUGCCAGCAUCAAGCGAUAUUAUGAUAAUUGGAGGGAACUCACAUCCAGAGCUUGCAAAUUUAGUCGCUAGCCGCCUAGGGGUUAAACCUGCAGGAUGUGCAGUGUACCACAAAACUAAUCGAGAGACCAUGGUGGAGAUUGGAGACUCUGUUCGAGGCAAAGACAUCUACAUUCUGCAGACGGGAACCAAGGAUGUGAACAAUAACAUAAUGGAAUUGUUGAUCAUGGCGUAUGCCUGCAAAACAUCCUCUGCAAAGAGCAUUGUUGGUGUUAUUCCUUACCUUCCAUACAGCAAGCAGUGCAAGAUGAGAAAGAGAGGAUGUAUUGUAAGCAAAUUGUUGGCUAAGAUGAUGUGCAAGUCAGGUCUCUCACAUGUCAUCACAAUGGAUUUACAUCAGAAAGAAAUUCAAGGAUUCUUUGACUGCCCUGUUGAUAACUUGCGUGCCUCGCCCUUUCUUCUUCAGUAUAUACAGGAAUGUAUACCUGAUUACCGCAAUGCCGUGAUAGUGGCUCGUAAUCCUGGGUCAGCAAAGAAAGCAACAUCGUAUGCAGAACGUCUGCGACUAGGCAUUGCAGUCAUUCAUGGAGAACAGAAAGAAGCAGAAAGUGAUAUGGUGGAUGGAAGAUAUUCACCUCCAACUGUUCCUCGAUCUCGCACAAUGGAUGUUGGUGUGGGGGUACCUGCCCAUCCAGCCAAGGAGAAGCCUCCUAUAAAUGUAGUGGGUGAUGUUGGUGGACGAAUCGCCAUCAUGGUGGAUGACAUGGUUGAUGAUGUGCAAUCAUUUGUAGCUGCUGCUGAAGUUCUGAAGGAGCGUGGGGCAUACAAAAUUUAUGUCCUUGCCACCCAUGGACUGCUUUCUUCAGAUGCUCCACGACUGAUUGAAGAUUCACCAAUAGAUGAGGUUGUGGUGACAAAUACAAUUCCUCAUGAGCUACAAAAGAUGCAGUGCCACAAGAUCAAGACUGUGGAUAUUAGUGUCCUCCUCUCAGAGGCAAUUCGUCGCAUCCACAACAAAGAAUCUAUGUCUUACUUAUUCAAGAAUGUCACACUGGAGGACUGAAGGGGCUCAUAUUUGAUGAUAUAAAGUAGGAAUAUGGAUAAUCUAUAAUAAAUUUAUGUAAGUUGAUCCCUAGUUAUUAUAACAGUAAUGACAACCACUGUAUGAAGGUGUCGCUCUUCAGGUCAGUGUUAAGUACUGUGUUUCAUGAUGGCUACACACGAUUACAUUUCAACUGUAAGAUUUACAUAUAUAUUUUACAAGGUACAUAAAAUUUAAUUUGUCCAGAUACGUUUAUUUUUGUGCUGUAAUGAUAAUUUUCUGCAAUUGCCAGAGUAAGUGUGGUUGGUGCCAUUCAGCAGAUGAACUAAUUAUAGCUGCAGUUGUUCUUAUUCAGCAUAUUCUGACAAAACCUAUAAUGUCGAGCAAGUGCAGUGUUCAUUGUCUUUAUUAAGAAUUAUGUCAUUUUAGUGGAAAGGAUGAGACAUACAUUUGGUGUACGAGAGCUGUUACAUGUCUGGCAGAAUGCAGAAAAUUUGAGGUUUCUAGGAUGUAUCAAAUAUUUAUCUGCUAGAUUGCAUUAGGUGUCAAUGAUAAAACUGUUUAAUACCAGAUCAUAAAAAGACCAUGGAAAUAUCUUAUAAAAAAAAGUAAACAUGUGGUAGGGCAAACAUAAAAUCUUGGAUGAAGAGAAGAAAAGUGUCAGAAUCUGAGGGAAACAGAGUAGUUAGUGUACACUCUGUAGAAGAUAAGAAAAUGGUGAAAAGUAAACAAAACCUAUAAAUAUCAGUGCAUGUUGCCAAAAACAUGCAGUGGAGAGCAAUGAGAAUGUGAAAAGUUUGAAAUUAUACAAAAACUAGAAAGACUGUGGAAGCAGGAUAUAAUGUGGAAAAAAUAAGGAAAGAAGGAAAAAAGUUGAAAGAAUGCCUUAAGAUUAAAAAGGAGAAAACUAAAUUAAAAAUAUACAAAUUUUCAAAGAGAGAGAUUGGCAGCAGCAUAAUAUUGCUCAUUAAUGCACUCGCCUCAUGUGUCUAGAUUAUGAACUUAUGCAUACAGUAUACUGACUCAGCUCCCACCACCACCAUUAUCUUGUUGCACUUGUAGGCAUUCAGUAUUUCUGUUCUCCCCCCCCCCUCUUUUUUCAGUAUUUUCCAGUUCAUUUGUUUUCUAGAAUUACCUCUUAUUCUCUUUUUAUAUUCAUCAUUUCAGUUGUUUUUCCUAUUACUGAAUUUGACUUUGCUCUUCUGAUGAUCUUUGAAUGAGUUGUACCAUGCUUGUGUUUUUCUAACUUUUUUGUCUUUCAUAGCUCUGCUUUCAUUUUGCCUCAUUUUUCUUUUGACUAGUCAGUAGAAUAUGGUGUUUUUUUUUAGUGAGUGCCUGUAGUUCAAGAUAGACUGUCCAAAUUUUUAUGUUUUAUAGGCCUUAUUUUCGAAGUACUUAAAAAUGCUUGUUAACAUUACUCCUAGAAUUAUCAUGGUUAGAUUUUGUGUUUGGUUACUCCCUUGCAGCAUGAUAUUCAUGGGUACUCAUUUAAUUAUAAGUAUCUUCUGUGGAUUUUGAUUUUGUGUACUGUUUGUGAUACUGAUUGUGCAGGUCAUUAACAGAGUAUCUUCACAGCCUCAUUUAUUUUAUUCAACUCUGAUUCGAGUGCCACAUGCCUUUAGUACACUGUAGAAAUUUUGCUGAUAUGUAUUUUUGUUCUGAUCUGCCUUAUGUUUCAUACAUUAAUUUUCAUAUGCCUUCCUGCUGCUUUCAUCUUAGUUGUUUACUUACUUUACUUACUGAGCUCUCAACCCUCCAUUACAUUCCCAGAUAGGACUGCCUGUUGUGAUAUUCUUGGCUUGAGAAGUAACUUGAUGUUAACUGUCUGCUGAUUAUUUUCUCGGUUUAACAAUGUUUCAGCUUCCUCAUAUGCUGCUGUUUAUUUUUCGUGUCUUGUUUCCCCACAGAGACUUACAUCUUGGCCAUUGUUUAAAUAGUUCUUCUCUCUUCAGUAUCUUAAACUGCUCUGUGUGUUGUGCACUGCCAGUUAGAUCUUGAACUUUUCUUAAUUUUCUUGAAAUUUACCAGAUAGCAUGUUCUAAAUGUGUUGUCCCUUUCUUCUAAAAUACAGAUUGGAGAGUUCAAAAUGAAGAUUUCAACGUAGCUGAAGGCAGAAAAACAAAGAGACUAUCCACAUUCAUGAAACCAGCAUCCAGUUUUUAAUGUAAUUGGCAGUUUUGGUAGAAUUUCCAAAUACUGUGAAUACAGUGUUAAAUUUUAAAAUCUGGAACACAACGAGAACAGUGAAAAGAUUUUCACAUAUCAAUUUUCUAGGUACUUCAGUCGGAAUAUUUCAGAUACAUGCUCAUGUAACACAGCCACUUUCUUUUUUUUUUUAUCUUCUGCUAUCUUGAACUUGGUCUGUAAGAGUACUGUUUCUAGUUAUGUUAAUGUUUACUUCUAUUGCAUGACAAAAGUUGUUUCAUACUUGGGAGUGUGUGUGGUAUACAAUAAAAGAGUGAACAUAAUUGUAUGUGACUGUUACUAAAUUCUUGAAUUGGUAAACAAUUUGAAGCAUGUAGUUGAUUAAAGAAGAUCACCAUUUUGCUGCAUAAGAGAAAUCUUUGCAUUUCAAGCAAAAGAGGGAUCGCAAUAUCCUGUACCAGGUUAAUGUUAAUGCUAAUGCUACUGAACAUCCUAAAAUAACUUCUCUCAAAUUCCAUUCUUAUGUUGCAUCAAGUUGAAUUUGAAUUGUGAAGUUUCUGUUUCUCAAUUUUUUUAAUUUUUUGUACUCUGUUAAACAAUAUUUCUGUAAAUUAUUUUACAUUUUUGCAUAUGUGUUUGCUGCAUUUAGAAACAUAAUGUCUAUCAAAUGGAAAAAAGCAUCUUUGCUUUUCUGUGUGUCAUUAGUUUAUAAAGACUCAUUACUGAACAAUGCUAAAAUCACAAAGCCAAUAGACUGGCCAGUGCUUACUUUCAGGAGAGACAACUCCCUAAAACAGAAAAAUGUACUCACAUGUUUUAGAACCAAACAUUUGUUCCUCUAGUUUUAUAGAGAAAUUAAGUAGGGGAAAGUGGACCUUACAUUUGUGAGGACAAAAGCUGACCUCGGCAAGUGGGUUCGUCUUAAAUUAUGGUCUCAGUUAUCGACCACCCCACUCCUCUCUGAUCUCCAUUUUCACAGUAUUGUUUUGUAUUUUAAGUGUUUCUACUGGUAGUACUUAAAUCUGUGUCUCCUGAAGGUGAGUACUGGGCAGCCUUUCUCUCUCUUUGUGAUUUCAACAACUUUGUGAACUGAUUGUUUUAUACAAAUUACUGAACUUUCAUUUGGCAUUGCUAUAUGGGAAGGAGAAUAUUGUGGUUGUUUCAUCUACUUUAAAUGAUUUAUUAGUGAACCGUGUCUUGGAAGUUUGGAACAAAUGCCAGUAUUGUUUAUCUGCAAUUGUAGAAAAGUGCGUAGUAAUAACUUGAAUGCAUGCAGCCUCCACAUUGAUUUCCAUGUAUACUAAUUGGGGGGGGGGGGGGGGAAGAACAUAUUCAGCCUUUAAUGCUGCAGCCAUUCCGUAAAUCUCAUUAAAGUUUAUAAAAGAGUGUUUAUGAAGUAUGAAAACCAUAAUCAUUUUAAUUUACUUUUCAUAUGUGAUCAACAGAUCAAUGAAAUGUAGAUUUUGUCACACUGCUUGGCAUAUAAAACUUAUCUUGUACCAUAUUAAAUUCCUUUGUUAGGUACUUAUAUUGGAAAUGCUUUCAUCAGUAAACUCAGUGGGUUGAGGCUAAACGUAUUGUUGUGUUACUAUCCUUACAUGUAUGUGAUAAAUGGUUGUAAACAGUUUUCUGUUUAUUUCUGCCAAAAAUUUUGACUGCAAAAUCUACAGUAUUCCUAUUUUAUUUUCAGUAUUAUUUGUAUUAAAACUAGUAAUCGGAAGACAUUCACUUAAAAUAAAAUUUUCUGCCUUUUAAUAGUGAUUGCAAUCUAGAUUGUGAGGGACAAAUUAAAGAAUUAGACAGAAACUUACCCAGUACAGUAGCAUCUGUGUUACACAGAAGGUGUACUAUCAGUUCAAAAUGUUUUUCUGUGUUACUGGAAAUUAUUGGUGCAGUAUUAUAAAUAUGGAACCAAUUUUGAAUAUAGCAGACCCAUUCUGCUGAACUGAGAUGACAUCCAGAAUUUUGCUUACAUUGUGUAAUGCAAACUUUAAAAAGUCUUUUUUUGUCAGGUGUCUCCUGUGCAAACUACAAUAAAAUCUCUGAUGGGGAAUCUCAAAUUUAAGAAAAUAUUUGUUAUUGUGACUGGUAUUUUCUCAAAUUGUAUGGAAAUGAGAGAACGUGUAUGUGUGAAUCAAAUUUGGCAUGUAAAUAAAUAAGGAAAUAAAAACAUUUGUUCAUUUGCAAACUUA